AUGCCACAAGCCUUAGGUUCCAAUAGCGCUUCUUGCGUCAUGCCCGCUAGAACCAUGUUUUCCUCUAAUUCUCUGGCCAUGUCCUCUUCUGCAACCACGACCGUUCGAGAUUGCAUUAUUCUUUUAGCAAACUCACCCAUUCCAUCUGAACUUGCUCCAGUCAGGGAAACAUUUUCCUCGCCCACACCACCACCGUCAGCAAAUUCGCAAGCGUCAUUGCCGCCUCCUUUGCCUCCAAAGGCAUCGACUUUUUCUGGCCUUUCCAGUCCGGUGGUGACUGUCCUGCCUCGAUUAACUGCCCUUGUCUCUCAAACAACUCACCCAAUACAUCUUUCUUCGAAGGAGGAUAUUCCAAAUGCGGUGGCUGAGACAGGGGCAGUGACAAGUAGCAGUUUACUUAGGGGCUUUCAUAUCGCUGAGUCCUUUGGAAUGCCCCCGCCAUUGCCACCCAGACGUCGGGUGCAGCCUUGA